AUGGAUGCCUCUCAAUUGCAACUAUCUGCUGAAACCACCCAAGCCCCUGAAACCGCACAAAACGCGCAGGACAUUCCGAACACUCAAACCACCCAGAACCUCCCACAGAAUUUUGACGAAAACCAGGGCCAGGUCCAGGGCCAAGAGGUAGAGGUGGAAAUGGAUAACAUACGCGAUUCCACAGCGAACGGUGGCCACCUAGACACGGCACAAGACUUCAAAGCACCCACUGCAUCAAAUGCGCAGCCUACAGACGCGCCAACGGCAGCAAAAAAGAAUUCGGGUCUCGGAUUUCUCAACUACCUAACAUCGCCAAUUGUCGAAAUCAUUGUUGAUCAGGGCGAAAACGAAACCACAUUGACAGCUCAUCAAACUCUGCUGCUAGAGUCACCUUUCCUUGCAGAGAUGGUUGACAAAUGCAGCGAGUCUGAACCGCGGCGAAUUGAACUACCUGAUGAGCACGUGGAUGCUUUUGGGUGCUUUCUGCAAUUCCAAUAUACGCGCGACUAUACUUCGAAACCGACUGAGGGUCAAGAUGCAAAGGACUCCGAUGACAGUGGGGAACAAUUAUUGAAGCAUGCGCGGGUUUACACCCUAGCGGAGAAGCUCGGGAUACCGGCAUUGAAGGUACUCGCUCACACCAAAAUCCAUCGCGUCAGCAGUACUCCUCGCGGUGAAAUCGAAUAUGCCCGCUAUGUCUACACGCACACUUCUAUUGAUGAUGUCACGCUCCGCAAACCUAUCGCCAAUUUCUGGGCCACCAGAAGUCAUGUAUUGCGACAUGGCGUGGAAGAGGAAUUCAAGGGGCUGUGUCUUGAUGUGCCCGAGUUCUCUUAUGAUGUUCUUGCGCUCGUGCUCGAGAACAAAGAAAAACGUAGCCAGGACAACAAGAUUGAACCCGAAUUGGGGACCCGUACAAGCGGAAGAAAGCGACAAAGGGGUGGUCAGUAA